AAUAAACUUAUUGAAUAAAUGUCUUCUGCCAAAGUACCUAAUAUAACAAGAAUAAAAAGUAAUCUAGAAAAGAAAUUUGUUGAUAUUUAUGGAAAUAAUCCUCAAAACUAAGAAAUGUUAGAUUAUAUCAUUAAAGAAUUAAAAGGUGAAACUGCAUAAAGUGAAAAGAAAACUAAAACCUCAAAAUAAUAGCAAAUUUACUCUGAAGAUAAAGCAGUUUAAUCUCUACCAUAAACUGUACUUUAAAAAACAGAAAAAAUAAUUGAAAAAGCUAAAGAUCCAUCAAACUAAAAUGUAUAAUUUACUGAAAAACCUUCUAGUCAUGUAUUUUAAUUAUUUUAAAUUAGCAUGGUAAAUCAGCUUAUGAAGUUGAUUCUUUAAAAUGGGGUUAAUAUGCUAAAGAAUAAGAUUUAAAGUAAAAAUAGGAGGAUGAAAAAAAACUUAAAAUGUUAGCAUAAUAAUAAGAAGAAUUAAGAAAGCAAUUAUGUGAAAUUAAGUUAAGAAAAUUGAAAGAAAAAGAUGAUGAAAAAUAAUCUGAUGUAAGAUUUGCAGAAUAGCAAAAAUAAUUGAUUAAAAAGUAAGAGGAGCUUUCAAGAUAGAAUAAAGAAAUAAAAUUUAAAUAAAAAAAGGAAGAACUAUAAUAAGUGAAUGUUUACUUAGAAAAUUUAAAAAAAAUGGAAAAAAAAGAAAGAAAACAAAGAAUAGCCGAAGAAUAAAAAGAAAUUGCAUAAGGUAUAAUAAUAAAUAUUAUUCUUAGUUUUAAGAAAAAUGUAGAUAGAUGAUGAAGAGGAUAAGAAGAAGAAGUUAGAAAAAUAAUUAGAAAUGUAAAAGGUCUUAAAAUAGUAUGAUGAUGAUUAAGUAAAAUAAAAGCAAGCGAUAGAAAAAGAAAAGGAGGAAGAUAGAAAGUUAAUGAAAUAAAAUAGUGAAAUUUUAAAAAAGAGAGAAGAAUAAAGAGAAAAAGAAAAAAAUGAUAGAUUAAAUAAAAUAGAAGGGAUAGCCAAUAGAUUUUAAUAAACAGUUGAUAAAGAAUUACAAGAUAGAAUAAAGGAAGAAGAGAGAAAAUGUCAAAAACACAUGAAAGAUUAAGAAGAAAGGUAAAGAAAAGAAGAAGAAAGAAAGAAAAAGUCUUUGGAAAGAAAAACAAAAGAAAUGACUGAUGAAUUAAAAAGAUAAUAACAAUAAAGAGAUGAAGCAAAAAAAAAAGAAGCGGAAGAAGAUAAAUAAUUAGCGAAGCAAAUAAAAGAAAAAAUGUUGCAAGAUGAAAAAUUAUCAUUAAUAAAGAGAGAAAAAUAUAAUGAACAGAUAUAAUAAACGAAUGAAAAAAUAAAAGAUUAAAUGGCUGUUGAAUAGAAUAAAAAAAAGAAAAAAAAAAUAUGA